AAUCUUCGUCUGUGGUCAUUCUCGUGUCUCUAUAGAUCUCCGGUCUCCCGGAAAACUAUGCUGAGACAACAGUUGUCCCACUACACUUCGGAUGUUCGGAAUAUUAUUCUAUCUUUGAGAUGUAAUCCGGAUCCGAGAUUGCCUCAGUUACGGGUGAUCCCAUCACAAAUGACGUCACUUCUUGCACUUAUGGAUUUCCGCAGGCUGUGGAAACCCAAAAUUUAUCCCUGCCCGAGCGGAUUUUUCUCUCCGAGUUACACAGAGCCCUCAGUCAUCUCACCCGUCGAUGCACUGCUCGCUGUGUGCUCUCACCAUCGAAACAGAGAUGACGUCACGAACCUAUGCGUGUCAUCCGGAUUACCCAUUAGCGGGUGCCCAAAAUCUGAGUCAUGACUCACCAACCCUGCUUCAAUCGCGCAGUAAGCAAUCGUGCAAUCGUGGUCUUCGCAGUCAGCACAGCCCGAAAUAUUUCCAAUCGCCGCACAUCUUAUAAUACCCAUCGUUCGACAAGAUGACUCGUAACUGCCACCACAUUCGACGACGCCCACCGUAAAUCGCUAUGACCGCCAGCUCCGAAUACGACUAUUCCUCCUGGUCGCCGGCGUCUUCGUCAUCAUCUUCCUCAAGCUCGCCCGUCCACCCCGCAUCUCUUGUGGACCCGGAAAUGCACUCGUCUGCCAUGCUACAGCUUAUCGAUGCUCAAGUGUCGAAAGCCUUCGUCGAAUACAUCGCGCAAUUCGUGACGGACGUCGUCUCCUUCUCUCUAACCCGCGACCACCCAAAACACAUCGAGCCCACUCGCGGCCGAGCACCCCGCCGCGCCACGCGCCUCGCCGACUUCAUAUCCCUCAUCGUCACGCGCGCCGAAGCAGAGCCAGCAACGCUGCUAGUCGCGCUCGUCUACCUCGCGCGCUCGCGCGCACACCUCUCGAUCUCGUCUCCGCACGGUGCGGCCGAGCGCCUGUUCCUCGGCGCGCUGAUGACCGCGAGCAAGUACACGCAGGACAGUACGCCGCGGAACGAGCACUGGGCGCUGGUCAGCGGCGUGUUCGGCACGGCUGACAUGGGGAUGAUCGAGCGCGAGUUUCUUGCAGUGCUCGAUUGGGAGCUGGGCGUGAGCGAAGCAGAGGUGGUGGUGCAUUGGGCCGGGAUCGUCGGUGGCGAGCUGUCGGAUGUCGAGGAGGAGGAGAGGCAUGCUUCGUCUCGGGGACACGGCUACCACGAGCGGUUGCGUCUACGUCACACCCACCAUCGCCACCACUACCGGCAGCGGUCGGUGCCUAGGCUCGAACCGUCCAGUCCAGGCAGCAGUUGCGCCAGCCUUUCGCCAAGGACGCCUGCGCACUCCCCAUCUCGCCCCGCUCCGGCCGUCCACCAGAAGCAUGUCGCCAUCCAGCCGUCCAGGCCAAUCCAGGUCGUGUGAUCAGGCGCUUCUAAGAUCGUCUUCCACACCUCUACUCCGUCUUCGUUGACGAUGCCAUCGAUAAACAUCCGAUGCACCACCGCGUUCCUCGCUGUUCAGCAUGCUAGAACCAGUCGCUACGGUCACUUCGCCCCGCAUUAGAUAUUCUGCCUCGGGGUGAGUAAUGUAUCAAGUAAUGUGUCGACUCAGGUUCACCGCCACCCAAAUCUAUAUCUACGCACCUGCUAGUCACUAGUAUUGUAUAAACCGCAGCGAUCACAGUGCACCCUUAUGAGGGGCUCGUUCUGCUGUACACUGCAUCGCUUUCUCAAUUGAAUUAUCGGUCCAAUAUUUG